AUGUUGGGCCAUCGCCUUUUUUCUAUUGCCGCUCAGCAACUCCGAGUUCGUGGAACUAUUGGCGGAAGAACGACACUAGGAUCUCUCAGAACACGAAUGGCCUGGGGUGAAGAUGCAGUCGGUCCAAACGUACCAGUAGGAGGCAAAAUGGGAGCUUCUGAAAAUCCAGAGCUUCAUACUUAUGACGGUGAUUACCGCGGUACUGUUUCUAAGGGAGAUAAACCAAUUCCUGAUUACUUCUAUCGUACUCCAACUAUGGGAACAACCCACAUUGACCGUACCUUGACAUAUUUCAUUUCUACCGUUCUCUGGGCUUGGUUCACCUAUCACAUGUAUUACCACUCUGGUCAUAUUCUCGGCCAUUGGUACAUGCCUCAUCUCCAUGAGUUCACAGAUGAGGAGUUAGGAAUCCCAGCCGAUUCUGCUGAGGAUCCAGAAUACUGGGGUAACCACAAACAACAGUAUGGCGAAUACAGAUAA